UUCCCCUCCCCACAUAUUAUAUUUUUUGCUGAUAGAUCCAUCUGCAUAAAUAUUCUCAAGAGCAGUUUUCUUUCUAUUAAGAAAGAAAAUAAGAGCCAUCCUUCUUUAUUGUUCCGUUUUUCUUCUGCAGUUUUCUUUCUAUUAAGAAGAGAAGUAUAAAGUGAAAAGGAAGAAGAACAAAAGGUCAUGGCUUUGAGAAGCAGAGUUCUUGGCUUCACACCUGCAAUGUCGAAUGUGUUCGGAACCAGAAUUUUCCUGUUUCUAUUCCUGUUUUCAUGGGUUUGGGUUUCAUCUGUCAAAGCCUCUGUAUCUUACGACCAAAAAGCCAUAAUUAUUAAUGGGCAGAGGAGGAUCCUUUUUUCGGGAUCCAUUCACUACCCACGAAGCACUCCUGAGAUGUGGCCGGAUCUUAUUCAGAAGGCCAAAGAUGGAGGUUUGGAUGCUAUCCAAACCUAUGUUUUCUGGAAUGGUCACGAGCCUUCCCCGGGCCAAUACUAUUUUGAGGGGAGGUACGAUCUCGUUCGUUUUAUCAAACUAGUGCAGCAGGCAGGUCUUUAUGUUCACCUCCGAAUUGGCCCUUAUGUCUGCGCAGAAUGGAACUUUGGGGGUUUCCCAGUUUGGCUGAAAUAUGUUCCUGGCAUCGAGUUCAGAACAGAUAAUGAGCCUUUCAAGGUGACAAUGCAAGGAUUUACUAAAAAGAUUGUCGAUAUGAUGAAAGCAGAAAAUUUGUUCGAACCUCAGGGUGGUCCGAUAAUUAUGUCACAGAUAGAGAAUGAAUAUGGACCUGUUGAGUGGGAAAUUGGUGCUCCUGGACAAGCUUAUACUAAAUGGGCGGCACAAAUGGCUGUUGAUCUUGGCACCGGAGUCCCAUGGGUCAUGUGCAAGCAAGAUGAUGCCCCUGAUCCAAUGAUAAACUCCUGCAAUGGUUUCUACUGUGACUGGUUCUCUCCUAACAAGCCUUAUAAACCCAAGAUGUGGACAGAAGUCUGGACAGGCUGGUAUACAGAGUUUGGUGGGCCAGUUCCUCAUCGACCAGUUGAGGAUAUUGCAUUUUCAGUUGCCAAGUUUGUACAGAAGAGUGGAUCAUUCAUUAACUACUACAUGUACCAUGGAGGAACAAAUUUUGGCCGGACAGCUGGUGGUCCCUUCAUCGCCACUAGCUAUGAUUUUGAUGCUCCAAUUGACGAAUAUGGACUACUCAGGGAACCUAAAUGGGGUCAUUUGAGAGAUCUGCAUAGAGCAAUCAAGUUGUGUGAACCAGCUUUAGUUUCUGCAGAUCCCACUGUGAUAUCAUUUGGAAAUUAUCAAGAGGCUCAUGUCUUCAGGUCAAAUUCAGGAGCUUGUGCUGCAUUCCUUGCAAACUAUGAUUCAAAUGCCUACGCAAAGGUGGCUUUUGAGAAUAUGCAUUACGAUUUACCUCCUUGGUCAAUUAGCAUCCUUCCUGACUGCAAGAAUACCAUCUUCAAUACAGCAAGGAUUGGUGCCCAAAGUUCACUGAUGAAGAUGACAGCAGUUAGCAGCGAAGGGUUUCCUUGGCAGUCAUACACUGAAGAGACUGCCUCCUAUGAUGACAAUUCAUUUACAAUGGUUGGAUUGCUGGAGCAGAUCAAUCUCACAAGAGAUGCCUCAGACUAUUUGUGGUACAUGACUGAUGUCCAGAUUGACCCCAAUGAAGAAUUUUUGAAGAGUGGACAGUAUCCUGUCCUCACUGUAUCAUCAGCAGGCCAUGCUUUGCAUGUUUUCAUCAAUGGUCAAUUAUCAGGAACUGUGUAUGGAAGUUUAGAGAACCCAAAAUUGACAUUUAGUGACAAUGUGAAGCUGAUUGCUGGCAUUAACAAAAUCUCUCUGUUAAGCAUAGCUGUUGGCCUUCCGAAUGUUGGCACACAUUUUGAGACAUGGAAUGCUGGAGUACUUGGCCCAGUUGUGUUGAAGGGUCUUAAUGAGGGGACAAGAGACUUGUCAUGGCAGAAAUGGUCUUACAAGAUUGGUCUACAAGGUGAAGCUUUAGGCCUGCAUACAGUAAGUGGAAGUUCUUCUGUUGAGUGGGAGGGGUCUUCAAUUGCUAAACAGCAGCCUUUAUCAUGGUAUAAGGCUAUAUUUGAUGCCCCAACUGGGAAUGAACCACUAGCUCUAGAUAUGUCUAGCAUGGGAAAAGGUCAAAUAUGGAUAAAUGGUCAGAGCAUUGGUCGCUACUGGCCUGCAUACAAGGCAUCUGGUACUUGUGGUAAUUGUAGUUAUGCUGGAGAAUAUGAUGACAGCAAAUGUCAAAGUAAUUGUGGGGAGGCAUCACAAAGAUGGUAUCAUGUUCCACGCUCAUGGCUGAACCCAACUGGGAAUCUAUUUGUUAUUUUUGAAGAAUGGGGUGGUGAUCCAACUUGGAUUUCUUUGAACAAGAGAACUGUAGGAAGUCUCUGUGCUGACAUUCAUGAAUGGCAGCCAUCACAAAGAUCUAGUAAAAUUGGAAGGCUCCUAAGGCCCAAAGCACAUCUUCAGUGCUCCCCUGGAACAAAGAUCACAUCAAUAAAGUUUGCUAGCUUUGGAACACCACAAGGGAUAUGCGGAAGCUUUCAGGAGGGAAGUUGUCAUGCUCACAAAUCAUAUGAUGCUUUUGAAAAGAACUGCAUUGGGAAGCAAAUGUGUGCAGUAAGUGUAGCUCCUGAGGUUUUUGGUGGGGAUCCAUGUCCAAAUAUCAUGAAGAAGCUCUCAGUUGAAGCCAUCUGCAGUUGAGACUUGGCAAUAUGUCAAAGUAAUAAAAAUGAAGAAUCAUCCAGAUUUAUUCUUCUUUGGUGGUUAUUUGAAGUGCCUUGGUAAUUUGAGUGUACACCUCCAAUGACUCCAAGGUAGCUUAGUUUCGGUUUUGGGGCAGGAUGAAGUUGUUAAAGCAUACAACACACCAUAUGGCGAAAGGUCAUAUAGAUUUUGAAGAUGAGGGGAAGAAGCUUCAUGUACAUAAAAUACAUGCUCAAUGUCACACAAAGCUUUAUAUAAUACAGAGGUUGGGGGNCUUAGUAGAGCACAUCGAGACCACAUAUUUUGAGUCUAUGUGCAAUGUUUUAGUCUUUGAAAAUUCUUACGCAGGCUGUUAGCUUGCGAGGAAUUUAAUCUCCUUUUCUUAUGUAAUUUCUUUUCUAAAGGAGCGAUCAUUUCAUUACUUGCCCUUGCAAGAUCGAAUUAUAGUAGUAAUAAAAGCUUAUGAGUUAU